AUGAAGGCCUCAACAGCAAUCUUCGCCGGCUUGUCUGCCCAGAUAUCUGAGAUCAGCCGUUUUUCGGGCAUUCCCGGCGUCUCCUGGGGCGUUAUUGACAAUGGCAGCAUCAUCCAUCAGGCCUCUCACGGUUUCUGCGAUGUGGAGAACAAGAUUCCCUGCAACGCCAACAGCACAUUUGUGCUUGGCUCGUUGUCAAAGGCCUUCACCUCAGCUUUGCUUUCUCAGCUGGUCGAGGAUGGAAAACUACAAUGGAACGACCCUGUGCGCGAGAUUCUGGUGGAUUUUCAGAGGACCGCGUCAGAUUUGAGUGCCCACGCCACCGUCGCCGACCUCCUAUCGCAUCGUACUGGCUUGUCGUCAUCAGACUCGCUCUGGGCAGGCUCGGACAAUGUACCACUAUUGAACCACUCGGACUCUGUCAAGAUUCUCAGCUACCUACCCCAGCAGCAAGCUUUCCGCGCAUCAUUUGUAUACAACAACUGGGCCUACGACGUCCUCGGACACAUCAUAGAAAAAGUGUCAGGCUCAUCAUAUUCCUCGUUUCUGCACGACCGGCUGCUUGGACCCCUGAAUAUGAGUAGUACCUAUUUCACAGAAGGUUCUGCCCAGGCGGAAAAUGAAGCCAAGGCUUACGCCGCUUUGUCAGACGCUUCACCUGUUCGAAUUGGACCAGCUAUUGAAGGAGACCGGGUUUUGAUGGGCCCGGCGGGCGGAGUUCGAAGCAGUGUAUCCGAUCUUUUGGUCUUUUACGAUGCCUUGAUGGACGCUGCAACAGACCAGACGGAAUUAGGCUUACAACUCAAUUCGACACCCAGGGACCGGCCAUUUGCACUAUCUCAGCUGUCAGAAAUGUGGACUGGCUGGAACAUUCUACCAAUGCCUCUUCUCCGAGAGCAUUCAUAUGGUUUUGGUUGGCUGAGAGCUCAGCUGCCAUCCGUGAUGGCACCAUCUCGAGGAAUACCCGAGUUUAGUCCCUUGGUAGGUGUGGGCGUUCCCUCACUACUUGCCAUUUGGCACAGUGGCAGCAUUCCUGGGUACCGAACCCAUGCCACGCUAUUUCCUGAGACCAGACAGGCGAUUGUAGUGUUGACAAACUCGGCACCGCUGAAUGACGGGACGAGACUUAUCAGCGACUUGCUCAUAGAAGCCCUACUGGGCAACCUCGACAAUGCCGCCGAUUAUGUUCGGAUAGCUAGGAUAACGGCGGCUAUGGGGGCUACCAGGACGGAGGGCAUUCACAAGCAGCUCCUGGAUGGACGAACGAGAACAGAUCCGUCCAAGCCUCUCGACACAUAUAUCGGCAGAUACUUCAACGCCGUCCAAGUGUUCUUCAUCGACAUCUUUCUUCGUGAUAACCACCUUUACCUGUCAUUUAUGGGAAGAGAAAAGGACACCUUCGAGCUGGCUCCUUAUGGAGACGACAGCUUUUUCUGGUUUCUCACUCAUGAUGAAGCCGCCAGACUAGCUCGUGACUCUGGAUACGGGCCCGAAUUCUACAUCCUCAAAUUCGGAGCUACAGACGUAGAUUCCAACUCUAUUGACACCUUAUGGUGGAAACAUGAGCCAUCUCUGAGUGGCUUCGGCGAAGUCUUUCGCCGGGAUUUAGAUGAUCAAAAGACGGUGACUUAUGAGGAUAACUCAGAGCUCUGA